AUGUAUCAUUUCAACGAUACAACCUUCCCCAACACAACAACCAAUCACUCGCUUAGCUGGGCCGCUCAAGAUUCCACAUACGUGACCCUCCGCCGUUCCGCCACAGGAUGGACGCCGCUCGUCACCCUGAAGCUGCUCAUCUCCAUCUUCUCCGUGCUCCUUAACGCCGCCGUCCUUCUCGUCCACUACUACAUCCCGGCCUACAUCAACCACUUUAGUGUAUACCUGCUGGCGUUGUUCCUCUCCAACCUCUUCUACAUCCUUACCUCACGUCCCAUGGGAAUCCUGGAUGAACUAUACGGGAUCUAUCCAGCCGCCGGUUAUCCUGUGUGCGUUGUGUACUUGUACAACAAAGUCAGCAGCGUCAUGCCGGUCCUCUUCCACGUCCUCAUCUCCCUCAACCGGGUAUGGGCCGUUACCUUCCCCAUCUCUUACCGCGAACGCCACACCAAACGCCUGGCCGUUUAUAUCUGUCUGGGAGCGAUCGUGUACGUUCACGUUUUGAAUUUUCCGCCAUUUUUAGUCGAUUCUCUCCUGUACUAUCCCGCUGUUUACGCAAAGUACCAAGACUGUGGGCACAUUUCUACCAAGUCUCUGGAUUUUAACAAAGCCGAUGAAGUCCUGAACCGCAUUCUCCCGAUGGUGGUGGUCAUGGUGGCGUAUGUGUUUAUUAUUGUUAAGCGGUGGAAGAAGAGGCAUGCUAAUCGCAGCGUUCAGGUUAGCAUAACGAAAUCGACACCAGCGACCAAUCCUAGUCCACAGGAUGGCGCUACGAAGCAGAAUCCGCCAACAGCUGUUGUUCAACCAGCGCGCCCGAUUAAGAGCGUUAGACCGUUCGUCAUCUUAACGCUGACGUCGAUCAGUGUGGUGGUGUGCUGGGCGCCGGCGCAGACGUUUUUCUUCAUUGGAUUGUUCCUCCACAUCAGUUUGCCGGGUGUGGUGUUUACUACGGUGUCCUUGUUGUAUUCGCUGCAGAUGAUCUUUGAUCCGCUCAUGUGGAUAUUCAGUUUGAGCAGCGCCAAAUAG